AUGAAUGUCAACUCUUACCAGCCACUUUCACAAAAGAUCCCUGGAACGAAUCAAGCUAAGCAUCUCACCAUGAGUCUCAGAACGUUAAUGGGCGAAUGCUAUUCGAGAAUGAAGUUGAAGGAAAGGAUGAUACCUGAAUCCCGAGUCGUUGAGUUCAGCGAAGUGGAAUCUGAAGAAGAGUGUCAGCGGCAAAUAACAAACAAUAUGAGGUUCAUCAGACUAGCGUUGAAGGAACAUGCAAUCCCCAUCACCGUGGUGUUUAAUGGCAGUAUUACCAAGAGGAAACGAUGUGAAGAAGGUUCAGGUGGUAAGUUGUUAAGAUGGAGGUACCCUGAAUUUGCAAACACCAAGAAGAAGUGCAGUAAGGUCCCACAAUUGUUGCAAUUAUUACAUAUAUUAAACGAGCGAAUCAAGACAAAGAAGAAUACUACGACGGUAAGAGAUAUAUACUAUGGGAAUAUCGAACUGUUCGAAUCGCAACAGAUGGUUGAAAUGCUAUUCCAGAGAAUCGAAGCCAUGUUUAAUGUCGAGAAACUGUUCUUCAACGUGGUUUCCACUCAAAAAGGUUUAAUAUACAGUGGACCACGGUUGCAAAUAGGUUCACAGCUGUUCCACGCAGAGUGUCAAUUGGUGCCAUAUGACCAGGGAGAAAUGAUCGUACAACAAAACCAACAACUCAAAGUAAUCGUUCUUGAGAAAGACGCAAUUUUCCAACAGUUGAUUCAGUGUCAAGAAAUGAUAAAAGAUUGGAUCAUAGUAACGGGUAAAGGCUACCCAGACCAUCUAUCUAGAGAACUACUACACAAGCUGGAUUUGAGUCUACAGGGGAAUGUACAAUUUCAUAUCUUUACAGAUUCCGAUCCGUACGGAAUCGAUAUCGUAACGAAAUAUAUGGUAAAAUGUCCCAGACUCAUUCACAAGGGCGUAUUGCUAAACCAAUUGAUCACAAGAAACACCGAAUCUAAUUCCAUGUUAGUAUUGCUACCGUUAUCAUUGAGAGAUGCGACAUUUGCCAUGGGUUUAAUACGACGUUUAUGUAAAGAAGAAGAAGAAGAAGAAGGAAGUGUCAGGAAACACACGAUGCGACAGAAUUUGAAAUAUGAAGUACAACGGCAGUUGUUCUUUCAAAGAAAGGGCGAAAUGAACGUUGUGAACAACGGCAAUGUACAGCAGUACUUCAAGUGGAUGUACAGCAGGAUACACUAG